AUGGCAGACAAGAUUACGGUGGGUAACGUUGAAAUUAUGGCCGUGCUGGACAUGAUCCCGCCCCCCCGGGCAGCCACCGCGAUGUUCCCGGACACGACCGUUGAGGACUGGGCGCCGCACGAAGACGCGCUGGAAAACGGCCAGCUCCAGUUGUACUACGGCUGCUUCGUCAUUCGCAGCCAAGGCCAGGUCAUCCUUGUGGACACGGGCCUUGGGCCAGGACCGCACCCGGACCGGGGCAACGUGACGGGCAACCUCUACGAGGAGUUGCGUCCUAUUUUGAUUCCGGCCGACCGUUUGAACAACACCAACGUCUCUCCUUCGGAUGAAAUCAACACCGUGGUGCAUACCCACUUGCACGGCGACCACAUAGGUUGGAAUGUGCGCUAUCAAGGCGGUAUGCCGGCGCCCACCUUCCGGAAGGCCCGCUAUUUGGUGCCCAAGGCGGACUGGGACUACUUCACGGCUCCGGAGAACGCCGAUUCGAACCCCAUGGUGCAGCGGUACGUGGCCCCCUUGCGCAGGCUGCGGAAGAUGGACCUCGUCGAGGGCGAGCACAACAUCACUGACGAAGUAUCCACCCUGCCUACCCCCGGACAUACUCCGGGCCACCAAGCCAUACUGGUGUCCUCUCAAGGCGAGAAGGCCAUCGUAGUCGGCGACGUGCUGCACAGCAAGGCUCAGGUGCAGGAGUCGGCGUGGUGCGCCGGAGUCGACAUCGAUAAAAGCCAGAGCCGUCAGAGCCGGGAAAAAGUGCUGGACAUGUCGGAAAACGAAGGGUACGUGAUAGCCGCCGGUCACUUCUCCAAUGCCGAUCACAUCGGUAAGGUCAUCCGUCUGGAAGGACGGCGUUACUGGCAGGCCCUUUAA